AAUGUCACUCUCCUAGCCUCGCUGCUCGCUCCCUUGCUCUCUGUUUGUUCCUGAGGUUCUCCUCCCACCUAGAUUCCGGUAAGAAAAGGAGAAAGAUGAGCCAACGCCAAGAAUAAAAAGAUUGGCCGAGAGGCGAGAGGAGAGGGAACCAAAAAUGAAACGGGCAAGAGGAGGACGCCUUGUCUCGGGAGGUCGUUCCCUCGGUUCUGCCGCUUCCUACAUCAAGAUGAGAUUUUGAUGCGGUUCGACAGACUGGGAGGUUUUUGUCCUGGUUGGGAUAUUGUGAGGUUCUGCUAUUUAGUGCCUAGAGUUGUCAAUAUGUUCAUGCUCCUGGCCACCAUGGAUAUUUGUUCUUGAGUUGGUGAAGUGCUUUGGCACCUCUGUUCAACUUGCCCAGUUAACCAUAGAGGAAGAAUUUUACUGGCACCUUUUGUCACAACUCACAAUGGACGACGGAGUAGACCUUCCAAGCCACCACCUUCAUGGCUAUUGCUUCGACGAUUUCAUGAAAAGUACAGCUGCAUGUACUCACACACACACUUGCAAUCCGCCGGGUCCAUCGGCCGCCAUGCAUACGCACAGAUGCCUCCACACGCACAGGCAAUUCAUAGCCUCCUCUAGCGAAGAGCUGAGGACGCCUCGAAAACCUCUCGGAAACCGAGAGGCUGUGCGCAAGUACCGGGAGAAGAAGAAAGCGCACGCGGCCUUCCUAGAGGAGGAGGUCAAGAAGCUACGCGCCACCAACCAGCACCUGCUGAGGAGGUUGCAGAGGCAUGCGGCACUCGAGGCUGAGGUGGUGAGGUUAAGAGGCCUCUUGUUUGAUGUCCAAGGCAAGAUCGAUGCAGAGAUCGUCGGCGCCUUCCCGUUCCAAAAGCAUCGGAGCUUUGGUUCUGUUAUCUGCACAGAUCCUACUCUUUGCUUUGUUAAUGAUGAUGCAGAGGUUGCAGUUCCAGCCCGAGAAGAGAGCUCCGCGCCAACAAAUUUUAGUUUUGAGAUGGAUGAAAGCGACAGUAUUUCACGUGAAUUUGAUAUUCCUGAAGUGGUUAAUUCCAUGGAUGCUGCUGCAAGCUUGGUGAACUCAGCCUCAAUGGCUGAAUGACUUUGGCCAAGCUGCUUCUGAACAUCUUCAGAUGCAUACCGGCUUUGGUUUGCUUGCUGUUGUUACCUUGUUGGUAUGAUUUUGUUGCUUAUAUCCUAGUUUUGAAUAAUUGGUGGUUGCUAUAUGGGUAGGUUUGUGAAGCUGAUAUAUCCUGUCUAGAAUUAGAAGCCUGCUGGGUGUAAGUUGUAAUUCUACUUGUAACUGCUCAGUGUGUACUGUGCUUAUCUGAUAGUAUGGAAGAAGUUCUAUUCUAUGGCCUUGUUUA